CAUGAUCAUGGUGAACACUCGAAGUGAUAACCGUGCUAGCCGAAAUCGCAGGGAUGAUGAUGCAACGGACCCGUCGUCUGUCCGCGUCCCGCGAUCGGUCUCCCCGAGCGCGUCCGCCGCCCAAGAAAAUGGCGCCGGCGACGCCUCGCGCACAAUCUACGAGUCCUUUCGAGAAGCAUCUACGAGCGCGUCUCCCGCCUGCGAAAUCGGCGCUGCUGACGCCUCGCGCUCCAAUCACCACAACCGAUCCGGCGACAGCCACGUGGCCCCCGCCGAAGCCACCUUCUCCAGCGAGCACGUGUCAACAAUAGUAGAGGCACUACAGCGGAGCCAAACAGAGGUUUUGAAAUCAUUAUUUGAAACGAUACGGCACAACACAUCAACACCAGUGCCCGCAUCACAUGCACACGCGAACUUCGCCCGAUGUACCGCGCGCUUUAGUGGGACUGCAGGUGAGUCGCUUGAUGCCUUCCUGGAUGCGGCUGAGGCGUAUCGCGACUGCUCCGACAUCUCGGAUGAGAACGCCGUCCGGGGAUUGUCCAUGAUGUUGUGCGGCGACGCUGCCGUCUGGUGGCUGGGUGUGAAGUCCUCCAUAUCUUCGUGGUGCGAUGCCGUAUCAGCCCUACGAGACGCUUUCGGUGAUCGCAGACCUCCACACCGUAUAUACGCUCAACUAUUCAAACGAGGUCAACAAAACGACGAAAGAACGGACCGUUUCAUCGCUGCGACGCGCGCUCUUCUCGCGAAGCUACCUGCCGGCGACCUAAGCGAGAAAGUCCAGCUGGACAUGAUCUACGGACUCCUCAGCCGCCGCGUACGGGAGAGACUUCGCCGCGACGAAGUAAGUUCAUUCGACGUGCUCCUGCAAAGAGCGCGCCAAAUUGAAGACGCGACGGAAGAACUUCGCUACGAGCACGAUGCCUCAAGACCGACGGGAGAAUUAGCAAGAAAACCAUACGAGUCGACGACCGGCACCGGUCGCACCCGCCCUCCGCCAGCAGUAGCAGCGCGCACGGCCGCGUGCGCUCCGAGCGGCGCCGCCCCCGGCCACGAGCCCGCGACGCAGCCGCCGCUUGCUCCCGGAACGCCGCGUGUAUUUGACUCCGUCGAAAGGAAGCGACGCCCGAAAUGUUCGUAUUGCCAUUUCUUCGGUCACGAGAAGAACCAGUGUCGUAAGUUAGAUUCAAAACAAGGUGAUCAAUCUCAUACUAACUUAUCUAAAAAUAAAACUCACUCAAAAUCUAGUGAAAGUGAAAUUAAAAGUGAUCAGUCAUUUUAUUGUAUCGAUUCAAAAGUUUGUUUUAAAUUUGAAAACGACAAAUCAGUAAAAGACCGUAUUCAUAGUUCUAAUUUAGUGCAUGAAACUUUUAUACCUAUUUUGCCAAAUAGUGAUGCAUGCACUGAUACCUACACACAGUAUAAACAGCGGCGAAUUCCACAAAAUUAUAAUUUUGCUGCCCAUAAUUCAAAUCGUUCGCGGUUUAAGGUUACUGAUAACAGUGAUAAUGCCGAUCGAGCUCGUAUUGAUCGCCCAGGUUCUUCUCGAGAAAAGAACCACAAUAUCACUGCAUGCAACACGAAAUUCAUAACAUGUAAUCGAUCGAGUGACGAUCGCAAAAAUAAUAAUAGUCUGAGCGAAAACAUUACUCAUGUUAACCCUUCAGCCGCCACAACUGAAAAUGUUAACUCUUUGGUUGUCGAACCUAAAAAUGAUAAUUUUUUUUUAAACAAAAGUAAUCAUUUGGAUAUGUUUUCUGGCGUCGACGGACAUCUUUGCCGCAAUGCCAAUGCAAACGGGCAAUGUCAAACAUUAACCUGCGCGGUCGCAGAGGAUUCAAGUUUUGUUCAUCAAAGAUGUCCGGGCGACAGUAAGAUUUGUAUACCAUUAUUUGAAAAUUAUUGUGAUAAAAACGGGAUAAACCCGAAUUUUCCGAAAUAUGGGAAUAAGCGUGAUGUAAUAGGAUUUGAUUGUUUUUAUGGUUGCGGCGGAGAUGACGAUCUUAUGGGACCCCCUAUUGGUACGGCCGAUUUUUAA